AAAGGUACAGAUAAUUAGGUGGUUGUCAUGUCUGUCAAAGGCGUGGAGAAGAUUGUUGAAAUAUUCCAGAUAAAUAAGACUGCGUUCCUAGAGCGAGACUGAAAUCAGGCAGAGACGACGAAGCAGGAAAAUGGCGGCCCAAACGUCCAAGGUGGUGCUGUCUUUGAACGCUAAAGAGGUGGACUCGCUCAAAGACGGAGUGAGCUUCAAGAAAAACCCAGAAGAUGGGAGAUGUUACAUCAUCUACAAGAGCAGCGGUGGCUUCAAAGCCUGCAAGAAUCAGUGCAAACACCAAGGAGGGCUGUUCAUCAAGGACAUAGAAGACCUGGACGGCAGGACGGUGAAAUGCACCAAGCAUAACUGGAAGUUAAACGUGUCAUCGAUGAAAUACGUGAACCCGCCCGACAGCUUCCUGCAGGAUGAGCUCGAAGUUGAAAUGUUGGAUGAUGGAGGGAUGCAGCUGGUUGAGCUGAGCCCCAUCGACCCCUGGCUGGCUGAGCCCAGAGAACCUCUGGAGCUUCAGGAGGGAGAAGUGAAAAUAACAUACCUCACCCACGCCUGCAUGGAGCUGCAGCUGGGACAGAAGCACUUCCUGUUUGACCCCUGGCUGAAGGGUCCCGCCUUCGCUCGAGGCUGGUGGCUUCUCCACGAGCCGCCGGCAGACUGCCUGGACCGACUCUGUGCUGCAGAUCUCAUCUACAUCAGCCACCUGCACUCCGACCACCUCAGUUAUCCCACUCUGAAGGUGUUGUCAGAACGGAGGCCAGACAUUCCCAUAUAUGUUGGUGACACAUCCAGACCAGUUUUCUGGAAUUUGGAAGAAAGCAAGGUCAAGCUGACCAAUAUCAGAGUCACUCCUUUUGGUGUCUGGCAAAAUAUUGACGAUAACCUGAGGUUUAUGAUUCUGAUGGACGGUGUCCAUCCUGAAAUGGAUACCUGCAUCAUUGUUGACUAUAAGGGUCACAUAAUCCUGAACACGGUGGACUGCACCAGGCCAAAUGGGGGCAGACUACCAGAAAAAGUGGAUCUGAUGAUGAGUGAUUUUGCGGGUGGUGCGUCUGGAUUCCCCAUGACAUUUCACGGAGGGAAAUACAGCGACUCGUGGAAGGCAGAGUUCAUCAAGAACGAAAGGAAGAAGUUACUGAACUACAAAGCCACGCUGGUCAAAUCCCUGCAGCCGAGAAUCUACUGUCCCUUCGCUGGAUAUUUUGUGGAAGCUCAUCCAUCAGACAAGUACCUCAAGGAUACAAACAUCAAAAACAGAGCAGAGGACCUCAAUGCACUCAUCAAUCAGCUUUCACCAGACACCAAGACGUGGACUCCCAAACCUGGCGCUGUGCUGGACCUCGGCCUCACACUCAAAGACCCCACAAGCAGUGGGGCCAUUACUGAUCCUCCAGCCAAUGCCAAAAUCUACAAGGACAGCUGGGAGUUUGACUUGUAUGUGGAUGAGCUCAACAGCGCCAUCAGCAGUGAGAUAUUUAAGCAUGAGAGUUGGAUCCAGUUUUAUUACAACUGGGCAGGCUUUCAAAACUACAACCUGGUGGUGCGGAUGAUUGAAACAGAUGACAGCUUUAAACCAGUCAGUAAUGGCUAUGACUACCUGGUGGACUUUUUGGAUUUGUCAUUUCCUUCCACAAGACCGGACAGAGAGCACUCCUACCUUGAGAUUAAAAACAGAAUCGGCGUGAUGAGGUACGUGGUUCUGCACGGCGGCCUCUGGGACGACCUGUACAUCGGCUUUCAGAACCGCAUCAGCCGAGAUCCUGACACCUACCACCACAAGUUCUGGAACCACUUCCAGACCCAGUUACCUCUUCACAGUCCAGACUGGGACCAGUUUCUGCAACGGGUCCCUCCCAUCCAGGAAACAGACUCAUCAAAUUAUGGCCUAUUGAAUUAUUGUUCCAUUUUAUAGAUUUGGAAGGAGGGAAUGUGAAGGAAAUGCUGCAGAUUUCUUGGUUUAAACCAAAGUAAAAUGAUAAAUUGCAUGUAUUAAGCCAAAGUGGAAUUUCCAUGAAGCCUAAUGGAAGUUAUCUUCCUAACGGAAAUUAACCUUCUGGGAUUUUUUUAUGUUAUUUUCUUACUCAUUGAAUGUAUGAGUAUUCUAAACCAUCACCCCAUGUAUAAAUGAUUUAGAUAUUUUAAUGUUUUAAAGCAAUGCCACACAUCAACUGCAUUUCAUCGCACUCCAAUCCCUCAUAUAGUACAUUUAUUCUCACCUCAGGCCUCCUUUUCCUCUCUCCCCACCAACCGUGCAAAUCAUAGUUUCAUAUAUUCAAGAAAAAUGGAGGCAUGACAUCUCAUUUACACGCAACAUAUAAUAAAUGAGCCAAUCACAUGGCAGCAACACAAAGCAUGUAAGUGUGCAACUGGAAAUCGACGACAAAAAACAAAAAAAAGUUCCAUUUCACAAAUCCAGUUACUCCAUCUUACCAAGUCCAUCCUAUCCAGUUUUAUUCAGUCUGCAGAAUUUGGUUGAGUCAGCUGAUACACUACUUAUCAACAGACUCCAAUGAUUAAACCCAACUUUUAAAAAACCAUUAAAAAAAACACUUAUCUUCAUUCCUUUUAUGUUAUUACAAUAUAAAGUGCAUGUUGAUGUGGUCUGGUCUUUGCUAAUGAAAUAUCUGCACAACAUUAAUUAGAAAAUGGCCUUGCCGUCUUCUCAGUUAAGACGGUCGCAAUAAUGAUUAACAUUUUAAGUGGUCACACAAAGCACUAUGUAUUGUUUAAAGUUGAUGGUAAAGGAAAAACAAUGUUUAUAAGUGAUUCUACAACAUCAGAACAGAUCUGAGAAAGGAUUUGGUGCUGGUAUUUAUUUUUACAGUGUAAGAAGUUAUUUUACAUUUAGGCUGUGUCAGUGGUGGUGGUAUUUGUCAUGAUUUUCAAGUUGAAGGUGAUGUUUUUAUGGUGUAACAGUAGAUCAGACAAAACCUGUCCUGGUUCAGGCGAGUAGGGAUUAUCAAUGUUGUUUCUACGUUCUAAAUGCCACGAUAACCAUAGGGAAUUUUUAGAGAAUUUUUACUUUAUUUAAAUUCAAACGUUUGCAUAUCUUUCGUCAAAUUGCCUUUUUAAAACAAUUUGGAAUUCCUUACCACAUUUUCAACCACAACACACCCGUUUUGGUAAAACCAAACUCUACUGUAUGAUAGUUGGACACUCUAAUGCUUGCCUAUAAUGGUUUAAACAGAUAAACGUGGCGCCUUCAACACUCCAGACUUCUGGAUAUAGUGAAGAAAAAUAGGUUAUGUCUUUUUUUUUAACUGUACUUGACUUGCUGAAUGUACUCUAAUAAUAAUAAUCAUUUUUAUUUGUAAUGCCCUUUAUUUCUCCAAUUGAAAUCUCUAAGGGCUCAUUCAUACACUGGUGAGGUGAGCUGCUGCUUUGUAGCUACAGCUGCUCUCCGGCGUUCUGAGGGGAAUUUUGCGUCAUCGGCCCAAAGGUGAUGAACAGUUUUGCCUGAGGACGAGCAAACUGGGAAUCGAACCAGCGAUCUACUGAUUACACAGGGCAAACUCCAAUCACUGUCACCACCACUGCUUCCUCAUUUGUAUUUCUUUAUGCUUUUAGGAAAUAAACCAAUUUAAAUCCAGA